UUUUUCACGCGGUCCCUUGAUAAGUUUAAAAUUUGAAUCACUCUCAAGCGAAAGUGAUUCAAAUGGUGCGGCGCACCUUCCUUGGGGUGCGCUGCGGUAGUAUGUUACGGACUUUAGAGUCAGCAAAACAAUUAAAAUAGAUUGUAAUAGUCUAAGAAAAACACGUACUCAAAAUACGAUAACAUUUAGCAUGCUAGAAAUGGGCUGAUGGCUUUGAACUACGCCAUAUCUUUAUGUUUUGCGACAAACGACAACUUUAUAAAAUCAGUGUAGCAACUUUUAAAAAUCAUCAUAUCGUUUACUUGGCAAAUUCGAAGGACGAACUUGUCUUAGAUUUCACCCAUCUAAAUCAUAUCAUAUUUGCACAUAACAAUAUAUCUACUUACUUCCCAUUAAAGUAUAAAUUCUACAAAUAAAUAAUACUCAACAAUAUUUAAAAUAAAAUGAGCCAAGAACGUUUAUCGAUAAAACCUGAUAACAUUGAAAUAUUUUGUACAGCACUAAAGCCGCCAUGUUUUGUGGCCAGAUGACGUCACAGUGGCACGAAAUUUUGGUUGACGUUUCAUUUCCAUAGGUUUCCUACUUCAUUGGAUCCAACCAACGCAUUUCAAUUUUUCUGUUUCAAAAUACGUUCGUUUUUCAUUCAGCCAAACAAUCUGUCUUAAUUUUCAAUCAAAUCGCUUUUCACAUUUAAAAUUUAGGAUACAACGAAGCAGUAAAUAUGUGUUAACAACAUACAUUCGCACGAUGUCGAAGGCGGUUGUCAUACCUGGCAGCAAAGAUAUCGGAGGAAUGAGAGAGGAGCUGUCGAUAUCUCCCAGCGAAAAGAAAGAUGGUGCCAUAGGGCUCUUGCGCCGCUUUUUACGUUUCGAAUCCCUAAAGCGAUCGAGUCCAGUGAGUCCCACCAGCCUUGAACCUUCCGUCACGUACUAUGGCGUCUAUAUACCGUGCGAGAUCAAAAAGGGACCAGAUGAAGAAGCCCUGCAUGUAUACGAGAACAAGGCUGACGCUCUAGAACUAGUGAAGAGAUAUAAACUAGCAAGAUUCAAAGCAUUCCGGAAUCGACAAGAUGCUAUUUCAUUUGCACUACGGGGUGCUGAGCCUGUUGACACCACAGACGGGAAUGACAAUUCUCUUAUGGGAGAGAAGCCGUAUCCAUUCAAAGCGCCGUCCCCCCAGGACAUGGUGUCGCUACGGAAGGCCAUCGAAGCCGGACUGACCUGUACCGUGAGGGACAGGGUGUGGGACAACCCAAGGUUCUUAGUCAGCAGUGGGAACACACCAGCCAUAAUGCAGGAAGGAUCUCGUUACAACGCAUUGCACGUAGCGGCCAAGUCUAUGAAUGCUGAGAUCUGCAAUCUCAUACUGACGACCGUCGGGGACCCCGCCUUCGUGCAGAAGCUGUACGGAGGCGACGCGGACCCGGAAUCCUGCAAGGAAUUCGCGGGCAUCCUGGUGGAUCGUUACCUGAACACCCCGGACAAGGCAAUGAACGAGACUCCUCUUCACUUCGCCGCCAAGUUCGGUGCCGAGGAGGUGGUGGACGUGCUCACUUCCUUCCCGCAGUGCGACCUGUCCGCCGUCAACAAGUACGGAGAGCAAGCCAAAGAUAUAAUAUGCAAGCGAGCAUCGGGCAGGGUGGAGGAGCGCGCGGGGCGCAUGGCGACGUUGCUGCAGCAGCGCUACUACGUGCCCGUGCUGCACUGCGAGGACGGCAGCGCCGCGCCCGAGGUCGGCCGCCCCUUCACGCCCGCCGCGCCGCCGGACAUAAACCCGGACCCUCUGAGUCCGCGGUACGAGAUCCGCGCGUACGCCGGCCCCAUGCGGGCGGAGCGCGCCGCCAGCCUGCGCGUGCGCUGGAAGACUCCGCCGCGCGCCGCCUUCCGCCUGCACGACCUCGCCAAGGGACUCGAGACCGUGGGCAGAAACCUAGCUAACGAAAUGAAUGUGGAUUGGAAGGAAUACUGGCCAUUUUUGGAAACCUUUACCGAUCUGAGGACUACAGAGGGACUGACACUCUUAGAGAACUAUUUGAAGGCCAAGUACGAGAGCGCGUGGUCGCUCGCGUACAGUGACAGUUGCGUAGAGUCGCGGCUGGAGGACUCCUCAGUGUCCAGGAUCGCGCUCAGCCUGUCCCACAACAGUCCCGUGGUCGAAACCAACCUCAGCCCCAUGUCGGAACUGUGCGACGCGAUGAGAACCUGCAAGAUAUCAAACGACCGACCCUCUCAUUGGAACAGAACCGAUCCGGUCAAGCAAAGGUUGUGUCGCCAGCCCCACAAGCUCGCCGCCAACGGGGACUCAUCGCCCAUCGCCAACCACACCGUCAGCCGGCUCCUCUGCAUCGAGAGGACGUGCCAAGUGUUCGCCAAGAGGAUAGCGGACGCGCUGGCGCUCUCCCUCUCCCUCCGCUCUGAGGCGAAGCACCUGCAGCACACGAUCUCCACGUACAUGGACGACGAGCGUUUUCAGAAGAUCGACUUCGCUCUGAUCCACUCGCGCCUGGCCCAGCUCGUCGUCUCCAAGCUGAAGCAGCGGACGGAUGACGUCAGCACGUUACUAGAAUAUCUAGUGAAGCUGCGGUGUCCCAACGAGGACAUCUUCAGCUCGGACGAGGAGAGGCGGCCCGGCCACCGCGCUCGCCACAAGCUGUCCCAGGUCAUCGACGAGCACGUGCGCUGUCUGUCCAGCUUCGUGUGCGAGGAGCUGAACGAAGCCAAGGGCUGCAAGGGCCCCGCGGUGUCGGAGAGCGAGUGUUUGGUGCUGUGGGAGCACGCCUGCAAGUGCCUCUGCGACUGGAAGGUGGAGCUGGACCGAAGCAGCAAGAGGAACUCGUCCUUCCGGAAGAAUCGCUCGACUCUGUCCACCAGUCCGAAGAGUGAUAGCUUCAUAAGAAGAUUGAAUUUUGACCAUGACAUCGGUGACGGUAAACUCCAGAACGUUGAAUUUGAGAAGCCGGUGCUGCUGAACUCUCCAGCCGGCGACGGCGGCCCCACCCUCGUCACCGUCCAGAUGGACAAGUGUCAAGUUGUCGAGGCUGAGUUAUCAGAAGAUGAAUCGAUAGCGUCGUGCAACUCUGAAGGGGAGGAGGCGUACGUCACCGCCUCCGAGCACUCCGAGGCAGAGGAGGAAAUGUUCGAAGCACUAGACAGGGCUGCGGCCGAACCAUUCAUAUACGGCGAGGAGCCCAGCAAGGCGGACCGGCUGGUGUACGACGCGCUGGCGGACUGCCGCGUGUCUCCCGACGAGUACCCCUGCGUGUACCGCUGGCGCCAUGCCGUCGGACUCUACGCGCCGCGCGACAGAAACAGUUGGCGAGAGCACGAGCAGCGCGCCGAGAGCCGCACGUUCGCCGCCCCCGCGCACUGCUCCACGCCGCGGGGCGGGCCGGGGGGCGGGGCGUGGGGCACGCAGGGAGGCGGGGCGUGGGGCACGCAUGGAGGCGGGGCGUGGGGCACGCAUGGAGGCGGGGCAUGGAGUACGCAGGGGGGCGGGGCGGGGGGCACGCCGGGGGCCUCCAGCCCCGACCGCACCAUCUCGCUGCAGGUGUCGCGGUGGCUGCGCGUGACGGGCCCGAACUCGCCGCGCUCGGCCCCCGCGGUGCGGUCCGCGGGCCACAACGUCAGCUUCGGCUUCUGAGUCGACGAGGGACAGACGCCGGACUUCAUUCAGGUCGGAUUGACUUAGAAAACCUUUUUCCAGUGAAUAGCGCGACGCUUUUAAUAAAUAUUCUAUCAAUACGCGUUUUAAAUUUACAUUAUUAUUAUUGAUAUCGAAACCGAUACCGAUAAAUAAUACAAAACGCGUAUUAGAAAAACAAUUGAAGUUAAACAGAAGUCGCAUCGCUGAGAGGUUUUCUAAAACUGAAGCAAUUUAUCUUGUUGUGUAGCUGUGAUAUUGUAUUCAUAAAGAUACAUUAUAAUAGUUUGGAAAUUGAGUUUUUUUUUCUUCAGUUUUUUUUUUUGUAUCAGAAUCGCAACCGAAAUACACAAUACAAAUCGAGGGGUGAAUGGCUCUAUUUGGUUUGAACGACAUUUAUCUUUGUAAUUAAAGGUGCUUUUUAUUUGCUACUAGCGACCCGCCCUCGCUUCGCUUCGGAAACAUUAAAUUUUAUUAUUGAUAGUUUCGCCCCGCGAUGUUACCCGCGGUUAUUGUCGUACCGCGGGCGACGCCGCGGGCCGAAGCUAUUUUAAAAGAAACAUCAGCUACCUAUCUAGUGAAAGUCUCGUCAAAAUCGGUCCAGCCGUUCAGAGAUUAGCCGGAACAAACAAACGUACAGGCAAAAAUUGUAAAAAAUGUUAUUUUGGUGUAUGUACCGUAUAUAUAUGUUUAUUUGCAAAUAGUAAAAAGCGGUUAUUUCAAUAUUACAAACAGACACUCCAAUUUUAUUCAUAUUUAUAGAUUAGUAUCAAUAAUUCGAUGUUUUUAAUUGAACUUCAAUUAAGUUUACUGACUACAUUCAAAUAGCUAAAGAAAUAUUUUUGUUAUAUUUUUCUAAAAUUUAAAAUUUAAAUGGCUCACAUGAGUAAAGUCGCAAAAAAUGUCGCUUAAACCAUAAUAGCAUUUAACCCCUCGAUAUGUUAAGUUCGUAAUCUAAAUAUAUAUCUAAAAACUAACAUGUGUAUGUUACUUACUUUUUCUUAUUCAUAUGUGACUAAACAAUUAAAAAAAAAUGGUUUUAUUGUUAUUAAUAUUCUUAAAUAUGCAUAAUUUUGACGAGUGGCCAGUAUGCAUAAUAGAAGUUUAAAUUUCCUUGACAUGUGAAUAAAUUUGACAUUACAUUUGAAAAAAAAAAAUUGCAAGUCGCAGAAUGUUACAUACAACGUUUCAAUCUGGCAGUGUACCUUAUUUAAAGGAUAAAUCUCAGUUUAUUUUUUUUGUAUAGUAUAAAUAUUAGUUUUAUCUGUAGUUGUAAUAACGAUGAAUUGCUAAUUUAGAAAUUUUCCUCUCGAUAAAAGACAUCCUAUGUCGUUUUCUGUACUUUUGACGAUGUGUAUCUUCUAAAAUUUUAUUUUAAUUAGUUGAAUAUUGUGUUGUGAGUGCAACAAUCUCACAUAAUUCAUAAUAAUAGUAUUGAUAAAUAUUGUUUUCCGGUUAACUUGGGAUGAUAGUUUAUUUGGACCUAUUUAGAGGCGGUUUGUUUGUAUCCUGUACAGUUUGGUCGCGAACUUCGACAGUUAUAUAUAUAUACAUAUAUAUACAGUUAUUUUGGUCCGAAGAGGGUUUUUAAAUUGUAAAUUUAGGAUGAUAAGUUUUAAAUUUAUGUUAGACAUUCAAUGUUUGCGGGACAUGAUAUUGAAUUGAAUUGAUUAGUUAAAUUGUUUGACUUGUGUAUAAUAAUAAAUAAUUAUAGUUGAUUUUUCGCUUUGCACUGAAGUGACGGAUACUUUUUUUUUAAACAAUUAGUAUAACGGCUUAAGGUACAUAAAGACAGUGAUUAUUCAACAACAUUCAUAUUCUAAAACAAUUUCAAUACUUGCUUAAAUAUAAUCGAAAUACUCGAAAAUUGAGAAAAUUAUUAAUUUUCUUUUUUUUUUGUAAUUUUCCAUAUUCGUUAUGCAUUGGGAGUCUCCGUUUAUAAAGAAAGGCCUUACACAAAUAAUUUAAGAGGAUUGAAUAAAAAAUUUAAAAUAGUUAAAAUUAUUGUUCGUUACAUUUUACAGUCGUGAUGUUAAGGAAAAUUUUAUUUUUUGACUAUAUUAUUCAAGAACCGUUCGUUUCUAUUUAAAACUAUAUUUUUCUAAUUUCAACAUACGGUUUAGUGGCGGGUUCGUGAUCUUGUGACUUCAGUUGUAUCGAGUUUUAUUUCGAUUUUCGGUAAAAUGUAUAGAGAGAACACUGGAUUUAUAUUUAUAUGACAAUAACAUAAUAAUGAGGUAAUAUAGCAUUUAUAGAGUCGUGUUAGAUGUAUAAUAUUAUUAUUGUAUUACGGACUUGUAUAAAGUGUGAACGUUGUACCGAUUAAAGAAAUGUUUGUACUUUCAUAUUAUAAUAAAUAUAGAUAGAUAGAAAGUAAAUUGAAUAUCUAUGAUGUUGUUGUUUUUUUAUACAUAAAAUGCGAUUUGAUUUAUACAGAUAGAUAUAAAGAAAUUAUGACACACAUUC